CGUGUCGGUCCGGCUUUACCUGACGUAUCCGGCCGGGACCCUCGCCGCCGACGGCCAACAUGAACCCAGCCGGGGUCGGCUCCUCGAGAGCGAAGGCAUCCGUCGAGUGAAGGAUUGACUUCCGCGGGCUCAAGUGUGUGUCGUCGCUCCGCACAGGAGCUAAAGCUGCGAUGUACGAGAGCAGUUGUUCGUAUGCGGGCGCACUUGAACUUAAACGCAGCGCUUUGAAAGAAGAACCCUGGCCGACGACAGAAUGGCCGCCUUACCGCCUCCACCAGUCAACAUUCGAGCAACUCAAGCAAAGUGUGGAGAAAGCCAAAGCGGCUUUACAAGAUCGAUCAGGACUACUUGGAACUGCCACUGCCUUCGGAGACUUCUAUGGUGGCCAACUUGGCCAAGACGCCACCUCAACAAUAGGCUUUGGAAGGACUACGCGGACAGACGACACAAUGUUGGGAUCUAUAGAUAAAAAUAAAAGUCUGAACUCGGAAAAGUUAUCAGGCGGACUCGGAAAGGGCUACACUACACCAGCGCUGUCAGACACACUGCGAGCAUCCAAAUGCGCAGAUGCUUCCUACAAAAGUACAUGGUCCGCACAUGCAACGUCACAGGGUUCACAAGGCUAUGGCACCAAUUCUUUAUCUGCGAUGUCGAAAUCGACACUUGACGCUCAUACCCAUCUUCGUCAACCAGGUUCAGGACAGAUCCAGUUAUGGCAGUUUCUACUAGAGCUCCUGAGUGACUCGAGCAACGCCGGCUGCAUCACAUGGGAGGGCACCAACGGGGAGUUCAAGCUCACGGACCCGGACGAGGUGGCACGGAGGUGGGGGGAGAGGAAGUCCAAGCCAAACAUGAACUACGAUAAGCUCAGUAGAGCGCUGAGAUAUUACUACGACAAGAAUAUUAUGACAAAAGUACAUGGGAAACGGUAUGCGUACAAGUUCGAUUUCCAAGGACUGGCGGCGGCCACACAGCCGGCGGCCAGCGACCCGGCAUACAAGUACCAGAGCGAUCUUUUCAUGAGCUCGUACCACCACUCAGCCAAGCUAUCGUCUUUCAUGGCCCCACACGCAGCUAUGCCAACAUCCACAGCUUCCAUAUUCCCGUCGGCAACGUGGAGUAACUGGGGGGGAGGUGGUAGCAACCUCUAUUCCCCCCACUCGAUGGCUCCCCCGCACGUGACGUCACAUCUGGGCUCGUAUCCGCAUUACGCAUGACCACCCAUAUAAGUUGACAUCACGAUUUUAAAUUAAUUUUAUAAAUUAUGUUCCUUAUUUUUCAUCGUUCUGUACAAUAGGAGACAAAUUUUUAUUUAUUCUUAAUACAUUUGUCAAUGGAAGUAGAUAUGUUUAUUUAGUUUUUUAAAGUACCCCGUUUUAUUUUUCUACAAAGUUAAAUUUUAAAGUACAGGAGAUACAAAUGUUUAGUUAAUAAAGUGCGACCCUAUACGCGGAUUACGGAAUAAAAAUGUAAAUCUGACCCAAAUGUCAACAUUUUACUAAAAUGUUAGAAACCCCUCGUACGAUGCAAGAUUAGUCUUUUUAUCAAAGAAUUUGUAAAUAAUAGAUGGUAUAUAUUAAUAAAUUAUAAUAUUAGAAUUAUUUAUUUAGGGUACCAAAUUAACGAAAUUUUAUUGCUCUUAUGUAUUUACCUGA